UUUCCCGCCGUUUCUGAACUCCCGCCACUCCCGGCUCUCGUUGUUAGCAGUUGCAGUUGCCGUCCGUUGAGUUGGGAUUUGUUUCUUAAGUGAAAAUAUUUCAACAUGACGGCGAAAGACUAUGCAACUGAUCGUGAUAAGAUCAAGUCGUUUUUAAUCGACUUCUACGCACCCGACUCCAAAGGAAAGAAAGACUUCGUUUACUCGAAACAAUUGGUUCGUCUUGCACAUCGAGAACAAGUAGCCCUCACCAUCGAUCUCGACGAUGUUCAGGGGUUUGACUCUGCUCUGGCGGAAGCAGUCGUUCAGAAUGCACGGCGCUAUGCGAACUUGUUCUCGGAUGUGGUAUACGAAAUGCUUCCAGAUUUCAGGCAGAAAGAGGUCAUUGCGAAGGAUGCCCUGGAUGUGUAUAUAGAGCACCGCAUGUUGAUGGAGGCACGCACGCACCAACCAGGCGAGGUGCGUGAUCCGCGGAACAAGUACCCACCGGAACUUAUGCGCAGAUAUGAAGUAUACUUCAAGCUCCCUUCCGAGACAAAGCCGAUGUCCGUCCGCGACGUGAAGGCCAGUUCCAUCGGCAAACUCGUGGUCGUGAAAGGCAUCGUGACUCGAUGCACCGAGGUCAAGCCGAUGAUGUCCGUGGCAACGUACACCUGCGACCAGUGCGGUGCGGAGACUUACCAACCUAUCAACAGCCCGAAUUUUAUGCCUCUGCUGAUGUGUCCCAGUGACGACUGCCGAGUCAACAGGUCCGGUGGUCGCCUCUAUCUCCAGACGCGGGGUUCCAAGUUCGUUAAAUUUCAAGAACUUAAGAUUCAGGAACACAGCGACCAAGUUCCCGUUGGCAACAUACCUCGCACCAUGACAGUGUUUGUGCGAGGAGAACUCACGAGGUCGGCACAGCCUGGGGACCAUAUUGCCAUCACGGGCAUAUUUUUGCCUCUGCUGAGAACGGGGUUUAGACAGAUUCAAGGAGGGCUGUUGUCGGACACCUACCUAGAUGCUCAUAAAAUCACGAAGAUGAAUAAAACUGAAGAUGAUGAACUAGACGAAGGAGAAAUGGACGCUGAAGAGUUGAAGCAACUGGCAGAGGAGAAUUUCUACGAGAAACUAGCCGGCAGUAUUGCACCCGAGAUCUACGGCCAUGAGGAUGUCAAGAAAGCGCUGCUGCUUCUGCUUGUGGGAGGGGUUGACAGAAUUCCAAAUGGCAUGAAGAUCAGAGGUCAUAUCAAUAUCUGUCUCAUGGGAGAUCCCGGAGUGGCAAAGUCUCAGCUGCUGUCCUACAUUGAUAGGCUGGCCCCGAGAAGUCAGUACACCACGGGACGUGGAUCGUCAGGGGUGGGUCUGACUGCGUCAGUCGUGAAAGAUCCUCUGACAAGUGAGAUGACAUUGGAAGGAGGUGCAUUAGUGCUGGCUGAUCAGGGUGUCUGCUGCAUUGACGAGUUUGACAAGAUGGUUGACUCUGACCGCACAGCCAUCCACGAAGUCAUGGAGCAGCAAACUAUUUCUAUUGCCAAGGCUGGCAUCCUGACGACACUGAACGCCCGUACAUCUAUCCUGGCAGCUGCCAACCCUGCCUACGGACGUUACAACCCCAAGCGGACCAUCGAACAGAAUGUGCAGCUUCCUGCUGCCCUGCUCUCCCGUUUUGAUCUCCUCUGGCUCAUCCAGGAUAAGCCGGAUCGAGAGAACGACCUCCGCCUGGCCAACCACAUCACAUUUGUGCACAAGAACUGCGCCGAGCCGCCGCAGACACUGAAACCACUGGACAUGCGUCUGAUGCGCCGCUAUAUUGCGCUGUGCAAGCGCAAGACUCCAGCCAUAGCGGAGUCUCUGACGGAGUACAUCGUGGGGGCCUACGUGGACAUGCGCAAGGAAGCGCGCAACAGCAAAGACAGCACGUUCAUGUCCCCCCGUACUCUGCUUGCCAUUCUGCGUCUCUCAACGGCACUGGCAAGGCUCAGGCUAGCAGACGUCGUAGACAAGGAUGAUGUAAACGAAGCCAUGCGCUUGAUGGAGAUGUCCCGAGACUCUCUAGUGCACCACAACGAACCUUCCGGGCGGAUCCAAACCGUGACGGACAAGAUCUUCGCUCUGAUCCGAGAUAUGGCUGCGGAGUCUGGCGGGAAGACCGUGAAAAUGAGCGAAGCCGUCGAACGCUGCACCUCUCGCGGAUUCCGACCAGGUCAGGUGGAGGAAGCCAUAGAGGAAUAUGAGGAACUGAAUGUUUGGCAGAUUAAUCAAGCCAGAACGAAAAUUACGUUCGUUUGAAUGGUGACCUGAUGAGCAUCGCAGGUACGAGAGAGCAGAAAAAUGUGAGGCUGUGCUCAAACUGAUCUGCGUUUGUAAUAUUCAACUUGUAAUGUGUAUUGGAUAAUGUCACUUGCCUUUUGUACCGAGAAUUUUCCUUUUGCUAUGUUUUUGUGUGUUUCGAAGAGUGGAUACUUUUGAGAGUACUUUACGAGGUAAAAAUGGUUUUACAACUUGGUGCCGUUCUUGACGAUUUUAAAUGGACGAAACGCUUUCAGAAGUGCCUUUACUCAGGUAGUAUACUUCAUAAACCUUCAUCUUUUUAUUAUUUAUAAUAAGACUUCAGUUAUUUCAGUCAGGACUGGCUUUACUGGUCCAAAAGGCUGGUCAUGGUCUCUGUAGUGUAAUGAGAGCGGCGAUGUCUGUCAAACCCACGACGAGCUCCUUAUAGGGGGUUGCCGAUUAUGGGAUGGUCGUGGUCAAAACAUGCAAAUAUGGCAGAAAUACAAAUUUUGUUUCAGCCAUUGUGUCCUUGCUUGUCGUACACUAUCUUUCAACCAACAAGCCCAACUUUCAAUUUUGUUUCAGCGUUAUAAAAUGCAGCACGCAUAGGUGCCCAACAGAGAUUUAAACCAUUCUGUGCUAAAUGCAGAAUAAAAUGUACCGCUGUGAUGUAUGUAAACCGAUAGGGUCCAAACUACGGCAAAAACACUUUUCUUUACUUUUUUUGUAAGUUAUGUCCCGUUACUGUCCUUCUACUUUGCGAAGUAAGACCAGCCACCACUGCCACGAGAUGGUCAUUUUGCUUUCGCAAUUUCGACUUGUAUUAUUGCGUGCUGUAUAUUUUGUGAAACGUUGUGAACUGCUCAAUAAAUAAAGCGAUACAAGGAAA